AUGAAACUUAGGCUAGAAGUAUGUGCCAUUCUCUUGCUGCCUGUGUACUUGGUGAUAUAUGUGUACAGUAUGCUUGUAUUUAUUCCCUGGUAUUUUCUUACCAAUGCAAAGAAGAGAAAGGCUAUGGCAAAACGUUUAAAAGCCAAACCCAUCUCGGACAAACCUGGAAGCCCCUACCGUUCUGUCACGCAUCUUGACUCCCUAGCAAACAUAAACAUUCCUGGAGCAGACACGUUGGACAAGCUCUUUGACCAUGCCUUAGCAAAGUUCGGGAAGAAAGACUGUCUUGGGACCAGAGAAGUACUGAGUGAAGAAAAUGAAAUGCAGCCAAAUGGAAAAGUGUUCAAAAAGUUAAUUUUAGGAACUUACAGAUGGUUAUCCUAUGAAGAAGUUAAUGAGAAAGUGAAUCGCUUGGGGAGUGGACUGACUGCCCUGGGACUAACCCCAAAGAGUACUGUGGUCAUAUUCUGUGAGACACGAGCAGAAUGGAUGAUUGUAGCUCUGACCUGCUUCAAGUACAACUUUCCUCUUGUUACAUUGUAUGCCACCCUGGGUGAAGAGGCAGUGACCUAUGGUCUCAAUGAGUGUGGAGCAUCGUACCUGGUCACCAGUGUAGAACUUCUGGAGAGCAAACUUAAGACUGCACUGCCACAAAUCUCCUGCCUUAAACAUAUCAUUUAUGUGGACAAGAAGACCAUCACUAAAUCAGAAUACCCUGAAAAUGUGGAGAUUCACAGUAUGCAGACAGUAGAAGAGCUGGGAGCCAAACCAGAAAACUCAAGCAUCCUGCCGAGCAGACCUGUUCCUACAGACUUGGCUUUAGUAAUGUACACCAGUGGCUCUACUGGGAGACCUAAAGGAGUCAUGAUGAUGCAUAAAAACUUAAUAGCUGGAAUGACAGGACAGUGUGAGAGAAUACCUGGACUGGGACCAAAGGACACUUACAUUGGCUAUUUGCCUCUGGCCCACGUGUUAGAGCUGACAGCAGAAAUCUCCUGCAUCACAUAUGGCUGUAGGAUUGGCUAUUCCUCUCCACUCACCCUGUCAGAUCAGUCCAGUAAAAUCAAAAAGGGAAGUAAAGGAGACUGUACUGUACUCAAGCCUACGCUGAUGGCAGCUGUGCCUGAAAUAAUGGACAGAAUUUAUAAAAAUGUCAUGAGUAAAGUUCAAGAGAUGAACUAUAUUCAGAGAACUCUGUUCAAGAUAGGCUACGACUACAAAUUGGAACAAAUCAAGAGGGGAUAUGAUGCACCUCUGUGUAAUGUACUAUUGUUUAAAAAAGUAAAGGCACUGCUGGGAGGGAAUGUCCGUAUGAUGCUUUCCGGAGGAGCACCACUCUCGCCUCAGACACAAAGAUUUAUGAACAUCUGUUUUUGCUGUCCUGUUGGUCAAGGCUAUGGACUAACAGAAACAUGUGGAGCUGGAACAAUUACAGAAGUUGCCGACUACAGCACUGGCAGAGUUGGAGCUCCUCUUAUUUGUUGUGAAAUAAAAUUGAGAGACUGGCAAGAAGGGGGCUAUACUAAUAAAGACAAACCUAAUCCUAGAGGAGAGAUUAUAAUUGGUGGACCUAAUGUCUCAAUGGGAUACUUCAAAAAUGAAGAGAAGACAAAAGAAGAGUUCUCCAUUGAUGAGAACGGUCAGAGAUGGUUCUGUACAGGAGAUAUAGGGGAAUUUCAUCCUGAUGGGUGUCUGCAGAUCAUAGAUCGUAAGAAAGACUUGGUAAAGCUACAAGCAGGAGAAUAUGUAUCUCUGGGCAAAGUAGAGGCAGCACUGAAGAACUGUCCAUUGAUUGACAAUAUCUGUGCUUAUGCCAAGAGUGACCAGUCUUACGUGAUCAGCUUUGUGGUUCCUAAUCAGAAGAAGCUGAUGGCAUUAGCUGAGCAGAAAGGCAUCAGUGGAACCUGGGUAGAUAUUUGUAACAACCCAACAAUGGAAGCUGAAAUCUUGCAAGAGAUAAAAGAAGUGGCAAACAAGAUGAAAUUAGAAAGGUUUGAAAUACCCAUCAAAGUACGGUUAAGCCCGGAACCAUGGACCCCAGAGACUGGGUUAGUAACAGAUGCUUUCAAGCUGAAAAGGAAAGAACUGAAAAACCAUUACAUCAACGACAUUGAAAGAAUGUAUGGAGGCAAGUAAGUUCUGGUGACCAGCAGUUGUGCUGACGGUUCCUUCUCAUGCCUUGGAUUUGGAUGUCUCUGUAUACAGUAGAUAGCACACAUUCAGAAAAUACACCAAAUGGAUUAGUGUUUCUGUAAUCUCUAUUGAGUGCACCAGAGAGUAUUUUAGGCUCCAAAUUCUUAAUUAGUAGCAGAUUAGAUACUGAUGGUCCUCAGAGUUUCAUGUGAUCAUCUCCAGUUUCAAGAUAGACAUCAUUAUGUGAAGCAAUAUGACCAGGUAAUCUUAUUGUUUCUCUAGCAUAUUCUGACUGCUUGCAGCUUCUCUUUUGUCUGAAGUCUGGCCUAUAUUUCAAAGAGAAAAAAUAAUGUAGCUGUGAUGUACUGUGACAGCUCUGUCACAGUAACAGAGUGAGGGAGGAAAACAAAUGUGUAUUUAAAGUCUACCCUUCUCCAUUUAAAAAACAAACCCAAGGUGACCAGGUUAAUCAAGAACUUGCUAGAGAUCAUUAAUAAUGCACUGCUUGAGGAUGGAUGGACUCUUCUGCACAUCAGUUAGUGUCUGGAGUAUUUACAGUGCCUAAACAAGAAUAUAAAAGUAACUUACUGAAAUAAAGGUGAACUGAAAAGCUUUCUCAAACCAACUUAUUUGAAAUUUCAUUCAAGAGCAUUGAAUUAACUAUUUCAACUUCCAGCUCACCCAGUAAGUUUUUACUUGCCACUGUAUUAAUUCAAGCAGAGCUUUCCACUAGGACACACAGCACAAAGGCAAACAAAGACUUGCACUGCUACAGGAGAUGCUGAUGAGAAAUGGUCACCUGAAUGCAGAACAGAAAACUUGCAUUUUUGUUGGGAGUUGUCCCUAAGCAGAUAUGAAACUCAAAGGCAUUUUGGGUUUUUGUUGCACCUGCUGUCCCCUCUC